AGUAAAUUUUUGUAAGACUCAUAAAUAGUCUUUAAAAUAUUGAUCCUUUUCUCUCAAUCGACGAUACACAUUUUCUUGUCAUUUCAUUUUUAUAGUAAUAUUGUUAUGUCGGGUCCUGAGUGUUGUGAGAAUCCACCAAAUCACCUGAGCGGCGGUGGCGGAGGAGGAGAAGGAGGAGCUGGUCAUGUCCAACAACUUGGUGGUUUCAACUGUUAUCUUUCUGGUCCUCUUGAUUCCACUCAAACUAUAAUCCUUGUUUCUGAUGUUUUUGGAUAUGAAGCUCCAAAGUUGAGAAAGCUUGCAGAUAAAGUUGCAGCAGCUGGUUUCUAUGUAGUAGUCCCUGAUUUCCUUCGUGGUGAUCCUCGUAUACCUAAUGAUGAGAAGCCUUUAGAAGUAUGGAUAGUAGAUCAUGGACCGGAUCAAGGAUUCGAAGAUGCAAAACCAGUUAUUGAAGCUUUAAAGAGCAAAGGUGUAACAAAAAUCGGAGCAGCAGGCUUUUGUUGGGGAGCUAAGGUAGUCGUGGAACUAGCAAAAUAUGAUUAUAUUCAAGCUGCAGUGCUAUUGCAUCCUUCAUUUGUCGUUAUAGAUGAUAUGCACGCUGUUGAGGUUCCAAUCUCAAUAUUGGGAGCGGAGAUUGACAGAAGAUCUCCACCUGAGCUUGUCAAGCAAUUUGAGAUGGCCUUAAACGCGAAGCCUGAGGUUGACGCAUUUGUGAAGAUUUUUCCUGGGGUUACACAUGGCUGGGCCGUGAGGUACAACGAUGAAGAUGAAUUAGCUGUAAAAUCUGCUGAAGAGUCUCAUCAAGACAUGUUGGGAUGGUUUGAGAAGCAUCUCAAGUAAAAUUUGCGUAAUGACAUGUUUUCUUUGUAUGUUUUUGGUAAUAAGGUUUGGGAGGGUUUUCUUGUGUUUGGUUUAUGAGAUAACACUUGUUUGUCGUUCCAAAUUGACAGUGAUAAUUUCACUUAAAUGUGGACUCUGGUUAUGUUUAUUAAAAAAUAUAAAAUAGGGUAAAUUUGAAAAA